UUCAUUCAGAGUAACCGUCCCAAAGAGUGAGUGACGGCCUUUCAGUAAAGAAUAAUUAUGUGGCGUUUUAUUGUACCUAUCGCAUUUCUGCAUUGCGGAUUAUGUUACAGCAUUGAGGAUUUGUCGCAGCUGAUCUGCAAAAAUGCAAAAAGUGGGGACACUGCACCGAAUCCACGUGAUUGCAAUUCAUAUUUCGUAUGUGGCACAGUCCCGUUGAUAAGCUUUUGCGAUGCAGGGCUACAUUUUGACGCUAAAACAAAAGUGUGCAAUUGGCCAGAUAUGGCGAAAUGUCAAAUAAAUGAGACUGAUGCUGUGCAAGCUCAUCACACUCCGGCUCAUCCUGAAGUAGUCGCUGAAAUAGAAAUAUUCAAUAGUGCACCUAGGCCAAUACGUGAACUUACGCCGAAUGAAAAGCAGAUCCCAUUUGAACCAUUGCCCAACCGAUUCCAUCUGUAUUUCAGCGCAUUAGAUGUUAACACUCACAAACCCAUUGACCCCAUGUCGAAGUACGAUCCGAAAAACGUGGCAUGCCAUCAUUACGGAGCUUAUUUUAUACCGCAUCCCAGCGAUUGUAGUGCCUACUAUAUUUGUGCUUUCGGGCACAUGUUGCCACAUAAUUGUGGGCGCGGCACCAGUUGGAACUAUAAACGUCAAGCCUGUGAGAUUCGCCCCUUGGCCGAAUGUUAUAUAGGCACUACUCUUCCAAUGAGCAAUUCAGAAAUGACAACAGCAUCUGAAGCGUCCACAAAUUCCUCAGACGGGCAAUUGAAUGAUAUGCCUCCAAAGACCGGGUUUUACACCGUAUGCUAUUCCGUGACCAACGGCGUUGCGGGCCCCAUUACAUGGUUGCCUCAGUCAACAAUAGAUGCCAGCUGGUCACAAAUUGCGAGUACAAGACAUCCCUCAAGCUCUGCAUACUCGGAUAAUCAGCUCAUACACACUCCGCCCACCAUAGCUGUAGAUUCGUUCACCGGGCGUACAAACGACCUUGGGCUUGAUGUGCUCAGUUGCCCUAAAGAGAGCCAAGCGUACUUGCGCCACUCCACCGACUGCAGUAAAUACUAUAUCUGCAUAAUAGGUAUGCCAGUGCUGACUUCCUGUCCAGAAGGAAUGUAUUGGGAUCAGAAGGCGGAGGUUUGUGAUUCACCCACAAAAGUAGACUGCCAACAGCAGGUAUGGACUACCAUAACCGAAAAUGCUGCAAUCGAAUUAUUUCAGUUCGAUUUAUUUAUGAUGACUGGUAUGGCGAAACUCUUGCUCUCUAUAUUCGGUCUGCUGAUCGUUCAGCAUGGAUCAGUUGACGCCGUUUACACAAUGAACGAAACGUGUCUUUACUACGCUGAAGGAUACAUUGCCAACCCUGACAACUGCCAAGCUUGGGGCUACUGCUCUGGUGGGAGUUUGACCCACCAAGGAACGUGUCCAGAUGGCUACCUCUAUGAUUCAUCUAAGGCUAUAUGUAAUUAUGCCUCUCAAGUUACCUGCAGUACCUCUGCAGAAGACAUAUGCGCAAAUUUGGACGAGCCUGGCUAUGUUGCUGACCCCAACGACUGUAAUAGAUACUGCUAUUGCUCUAACAAACAGAUAGUGUCAUGUUCUUCAUGCCCGACAAAUCAGUUGUAUGACCCAUCACUGGUGGAAUGCAACUAUGACUACACUUGUCCCACUGAUUCCGUUUGUCGUCUAGUGAAAAAUAACGUGUUUGUUGGCGCAAGUACUUGUGGCGAAUUCAUUCGAUGUGUGGAUGGCACAGGAACUGCUCAAAAAUGCUCCAAUAACACCUACUAUAAUAACUUAACCGGAAUGUGUCAAAAGAGUAAUCCAUGCACAACCAGUAACAACUCCUCGUCUGUUACAUAUGCACCUGACACAUCCGCAUGCUCAGCAUAUAACACAACUAAAGGGGGCGUACAGUACGUAGAGGAUGGAUAUACUUGCUACGGUUACUACUCGUGUUCAAGCGCCAGCGGAUCGGGUCAAUGGAGAAGCUGUGAUUAUGCAACACAUUUCGAUCCCACUCUCCAAGAAUGCGUCAGCCCUAUAAGUUACGCUUGCAAACUCAAUCGUUGUGGAAAUAUUAAUAUACAAUUCGCAACUGUGCCUUUUACGAACUGUACAGAAUAUCAUAUAUGUUCUGGUAACCAGGCAAGCACGGCUAACUACACCUGCACGAACGCAAAUUACCCGUAUAUCGAUGAGGUCAAUGGAGGCUGCGUUGACACCAAACCAAGUUAUGCUAUUUUUACACUUUGCCUCUUGGUUUUUUCCAUCAUUGCGUCAGCAUACGCUGGUCAAAACAAAACAAGCGUUGAGGAGAUAUGCAGAUUAUUAACCCCCAGCACCACUAUUCUACAUCCCAAUACGUGCAACAAGUGGGUUCGGUGCCCAUCUUCAUUUAAUGCUGAAGACUUGGAAGAAGGUUUGUGUGUCUUUGGGUUGUAUUUCAAUAAGGAUGCCGGUCGCUGUGAGAGUAAGGAAACUGUCACCUGCCCCUACGAAUCUACCUCAAACGACAAUCGUUGUGCAUUCCAAACUGAUGGUACCUUCCUGGCUGAUCCGAAUGACUGUAGUGGCUACAUUUUCUGCAACAACCAGACAGAAACACGCUCGACUUGCCCCGGCAGCUUGAUAUAUAACCCAGAAAAGGGGGCGUGCGUUUAUCCAAAAGAUUACAAUUGCCAAUUGAAGCGAGCAGCCGCCAACGUCAGCACCAUCUGCAAGUCCGUGGCAAAAAAUACUGUGCUUGCGGACAUCAGCGAUUGUACGAAAUAUCUUAGUUGUGACGAAGAGAGCCAACUCAUAUCGUUCCAGUGCUCUGAAGGGCAAGCAUUCAACUACUCUACUUUAGAAUGUGUAGCUCGAAGCGAAGCGGUGUGUCAUCCUCUAGCACCAGAACUUGAACCAGAAAUUGAUGUUUGCGGUACCGAGGAUAAUGUCCUAGUCGGCUAUAUUGCUGACGAGGAAUCGUGUAGUGGAUAUUAUAUAUGCGCCAAGCAAAGUGAUGGUAAACCCGAUCGCAGUCCCACAUAUCUAAAAUGUCAGGACGGCUACUUCUUUGACAGCAGCACUUGGUCAUGUCGCAACCGCCUAAGCGUCAAGUGUUCUUUAGACCGCUGCGAAGGCAUGGCCAACAAAUACGUAAAUGUGGCCGGUGAUUGCUCCGCUUAUGCACGCUGCAAGAAUGGAGUAACAGUUGCCACUGGCAAAUGCGAAGCAACCAUUUUUGUAGUUUUGGUCACAACUGCCAUUGUUGCAGUAAAAGCGGAAAGUAAACCAUUGUCGGUUGAGGAAAUUUGUAGCCAAAUGCCAGCCGGCACCUUUAUUCUGUCCCCGAAUUCAUGUACCCAUUGGGUCCAGUGUCCCUCAUCAGCCAACGCCCAGGACUACGAAGACGGCUUCUGUGCUUACGGCCUAUAUUUCAAUAAAGACAAAAAUCGGUGUGAAACCAUGGAAGACGUUGUUUGUCCCUUCGAAAACACUCAAACCGUCUCUGACAACCGUUGCGCCUCAAAGAAAGAUGGUAUUUUCUUGUCAGACCCAGAAAAUUGUAAUGGCUAUGUGUUCUGCAUGGAUGGCAAAGAAAUCCGUUCCACUUGCCCGAAAGAUUUGGUAUUCCAUCCUUCGAAAUCCGCUUGUGUUUAUCCGAAAGAAUACCAAUGUCCUAAGAAAACUCAAAAUGUAACUGCAAAUCCGAUUUGCAAUUCUGUAGCUAAUGGUACGAUCUUCGCGGACAUAAAAGAUUGCACGAAAUACCAUCAAUGUGUCGCGGGUGGCAAACUAACAUCUUUAGAGUGCCCCGAAAGCCAAGCAUUCAACUACUCUACUUUAGAAUGUGUAGCUCGAAGCGAAGCGGUCUGUCAUCCUCUAGCACCAGAACUUGAACCAGAAAUUGAUGUUUGCGGUACCGAGGAUAAUGUCCUAGUCGGCUAUAUUGCUGACGAGGAAUCGUGUAGUGGAUAUUAUAUAUGCGCCAAGCAAAGUGAUGGUAAACCCGAUCGCAGUCCCACAUAUCUAAAAUGUCAGGACGGCUACUUCUUUGACAGUGGCACUUGGUCAUGUCGCGACCGCUUAAAUGUCAAGUGUUCUUUAGACCGUUGCGAAGGCAUGGCCAACAAAUACGUCAAUGUGGCCGGUGAUUGUACUGCUUAUGCACGCUGCAAGAAUGGAGCAACAGUUGCCACUGGCAAAUGCGAAAGUAACUACUUCUUCGACGAGCGCACACAAGGAUGCACUCCACAUAACAUUAGCUACAUGGCCUGUUCAACCUAGGCACUGUAAUAAAGAAGGUGACAAAUUUUCUGGA